UGCCCGCACCUCCGCACGGAGGUUGGAACCCAGCUAGCAGAGCGUGUAUGAGGAAGGAGCCUCUCUGCCCCGAGGUCCCUAUGAAACCGCUCUACUGGACAAGGAUUUUGGUGCCUGUAGUACCGACAGAGCGUGGUGGCUCCACCGAUGUUACGGAUUCGCCCGUCCACAUCCCGCUGUGGGCGGAGCUAGAGGAAGAGAAAAACUUGGACAUGAAAGAGUUCGCCGGCCUUUUCUCGCGUCAGGUAACCGCGUCAAGAAAGCCGGUGAAAAGAACGGACGAGGCCACGAAGCCGUCUAAAGUGCAGCCGGCUAAGAUCCUCGACUCGAAGCGGUCCAAGACGGUCGGUAUACUCGAGAAGAGUUUGCGCGUCGAUUUUUGCGAGGUGGAGAACGCCGUUUACAAUUUGGACACAAGCGUGAUCAACUUGGAAGCGUUGCAACAGAUAUACGAGAUCAGGCCGACGAAGAAAGAAUUGGAGGAUAUAAAAGCUUUCGAGGCCGCGAAUCCCGACGUUCCCCUCGAUCAACCGGAGAUUUUCCUCAAGAAGUUGGCCGAUAUCAAUCACUUCUCGGAGAGGAUAGCGUGUUUGAUGUUCCAAGCAGAGUUCCAGGACGCGAUCUCGAACGUCUCGUCGAAAUUGACGAAUCUGCGCAGCACCUGCGACUUCUUGAGAAACUCUAGCUCCCUGAAGAGGGUCAUGGCGUUGAUCCUCACGUUCGGCAAUUACAUGAACGGCGGGAACAGGACGCGUGGGCAGGCGGACGGUUUCGGUCUCGAGAUUCUAGGGAAAUUGAAGGACGUCAAGUCGAACGUGGCAGGUGUCACGUUGCUCCACUACAUCGUCAGGGCGAGAUUGGCCCAGGAGAGGGAUCACAAUUUCGACGAGCCUUUGCCCCUCCCGAUUCCGGAACCGGCCGACAUGGAGGCGGCGUCCACCAUAAAUUUUGAAAAUCUGUCCGCCGAGUUGGACAGGUUGAGAAACGAGCUCGAAGGUUGUAUCGAGAAGUGUAACGCGGUGGUCGAGGCGGAUCCCGAUUCGUCGGCCCCGUUCAAGGAGAAAAUGGACGCGUUUUUCCGCGAGGCGAGGGCAGAAUUGGCGAACGAGCAGCAGGCACUGCUCGAAGCGAGGAGCAAAUUCAAGGCUGUGAUGCAAUUCUACCAGUAUAAGCCGAAAGGGACGAAUCUCGACGCGGCUGAUCCAAACGCGUUCUUCGCCCUUUGGCUAGGUUUUUGCCAGGACUUCAAGGAUAUCUGGAAGAAGGAGCAGCAACGAAUAAAGAAGGAACGGAUGGAGGAGAUGAAGAAGAAGUACGAGAACAAGACGAAGGUGGAGAAGCUGAAAUUAAGCGCCACGGGGUUGAAGGCACGGCUUCAAAAAUUGUCGCGAAAGUAGAAAAGAGAAAGAAAGAAAAAAUAUAUAUGUAUGUAUACACACACAGACGCAAAAGGCGACUUCGAUCUUGGAUCGCUAAUGGUCGAUAAUGGCGAUCCCAAUUUAAUCGGAGGAAUGUUCGAGCGAGGAUCGAUACCACUACGCUAUAACGUACAUGUCACGGCUAUAUGUCACGGAGAAACGAGUUUCUUUGGAUCGAUCGUGUCCGUUCCGCUCGAUCCGUCCUUUAUUAUUCUUCUACGGCACUAAAGUUUCAUCGAAUUUGAAUAACGCUGAUAGAUAAGAAUCGAGAAUACGAGAGAAUCUGAGAAUUGUAAUAUUGUAAAUAAGGCUUGUUGUUAAGUUUGCGUAUAUAAUUUGUUAUAAUUUGUAAAUACGAUUGUUCCGCGAAUGAAAUAUUCGGAUAAUUAUAAUAAACGUUACUUUUUACA